CCUAUACCUCCUCCUCACUCACAAGAAAAUCAAUCUCCCUUCCAUCAUCAUUCCACACAUGUACGAGUGCUCCGGUUGCCAAAACAACCUGUGUGGCAUGCUUCUCACCCACAUCUUUGCCAAACGAGGCAUUCUUGAGGUGCGCUCUUCCCGCGCCCGCUUUCUUGACGCGGAGUGCCUUGGGUAUUGUGGCCUUGUGAAGAUCGGUGAGGACUACUAUAUGAAGAAGGAAUUUCAAAAGCUUGAUGCGGAAACACAAGUGGAGUAUGGCCCUCAGCGUUUCAUGUCAUCCUUGCCUUCAACCUCUCAAGCACCCGAAGCCGAUGUCAAAACAAAUGCCAACACGGAGGUUCCCGUUCGUGCUCCUAGGAUCAAGCGCUCAAAGUCCGCCUCUCAUGCUUCCUUGGCCUCUCUCUUGCAUCGUCAUUCCCACAUGGCCUCCACUUCCAAAAAUCCCUUCAAGAAGUUCAAGAAAUUCAUUCUCAAGACUGUGGUGGCUCCGAUGAGGAAACUUCAAAAGAGUCUCGAUGACCUUUCGGAUCGCAUGAAGAAAAUGUAGGACUUUGAGACAUUUGCCUCUAAAUAGUUAAGCAAUAUACUAACUCUUAAUGGUUCAGACCUCUUACUGGUUCAGCACUUAAUGGUUCAGACCUCUUACUGGUUCAGCACUUACCUAUUCAGAAGUUGUCAAACAGCCCCUAAGUGAUCGAUUACAAUACAUUUGAUUUAAAAAAACAUAGACAUUAAAAACUCGCAUGGUGAUGUUUUAUGUGAAUAGUGGAAAAAAAGGACUGAUCAUAU